AUGUAUAACACUCAUCGCGGGAUGGUUCCCGCUCCCAACUCGCGCCUGACGGAGUUGUUGGACCAGCUGCGCCAGGAGUUUGAGAAUCAAUCUAGAAGCACUGGCGAGUUUGAACACCAAUUAACUGGACAGCUUCAAGAAAUGGAGAUGAUUCGGCAGAAGGUCUUUCAGCUGGAGCAGGCGCAAGUCAAGAUGAAACAAGACUAUGAAGCGGAAAUCCGAGUGCUGCGACACGAACUUGAGUCGCGCGGUGUCCAACCCGUUUCAUCGCAUAUCGCCGGCCCCGCCCAGCACGCUGGCCCUACUCAGGCGCCGCCUCCUGCCUUGGGUCAUGGCCCGAGCAAUCUGUUUGGCGGGAUCAUGACCAACCAAGGAGGUAGUGGCCCCGGUCUUGCCCCCCCACCUCCCCAGGAUCAGCAGCCUCCCCAGCAUACCCUUCAACAGCCUGCUGCCGCGGCUCAGCAAGGAGCGCCGCAACCACCCCAGAGCUCUUUUGGAGGAUAUCAGCCCGGUGCUGCUGUGAACGGCUACGGGCCCCCUCCUCCACCUGCCGCCUCUCCAGGUCCUGGUAAGCGGCCUCGCGCUCCUCCAGGCCCUGCUACUCCCCAGCAAACUCACCAGCUCGCCUAUCCCGAUCCUCGCGUCUCGCCACAGUUGGCCCGGCCGACUCCACCUACUCAGACGAUGGUCCGCGACCGCCCUGGAAACAUGCUCGCCAACUGGAACCCCGACGAGCUACCCGCCUCGCAAAAGCGUGAGGGUGCUGAUUGGUAUGCUGUGUUCAACCCCGAAGUGCAGCGCGUACUAGAUGUGGAGCUUGUUCAUCAUCUUGUCCACGACAGCGUCGUCUGCUGUGUCCGAUUCAGCCGCGACGGCAAGUACUUGGCCACUGGCUGUAACCGUCAAGCGCAGAUCUACGAUGUUACCACUGGCCAGGUUGUCGCCACGCUGCAGGACGAGAAUGUUGAUAAGAAUGGCGAUCUAUACAUACGUAGUGUCUGCUUCAGCCCAGAUGGCAAGUACCUUGCCACUGGUGCCGAAGAUAAGCAAAUUCGGGUUUGGGAUAUCGCUUCUCGGACUAUCAAGCACAUUUUCACUGGCCAUGAGCAGGAUAUCUACUCUCUGGACUUUGCUGGCAAUGGCCGCUAUAUCGCGUCUGGUAGUGGAGACAAGACUGUCCGUCUUUGGGACAUUCUCGAUGGCAAGUUGGUUUAUACCCUAAGCAUUGAGGAUGGUGUGACCACUGUGGCCAUGUCUCCGGAUGGUCAUUACGUUGCCGCGGGUUCCUUGGAUAAGAGCGUUCGCGUCUGGGAUACCACCACCGGCUACCUCGUGGAGCGCCUGGAGAACCCGGAUGGCCAUAAGGAUAGUGUUUACUCGGUCGCCUUCGCACCUAACGGCAGGGACCUAGUCAGUGGCAGUCUGGACAAAACCAUUAAGCUUUGGGAGCUCAACGUUCCCCGUGGCGCGUAUCCGGGGAGUGGAGUCAAAGGUGGUAAAUGUGUCCGUACUUUCGAAGGUCACAAGGACUUUGUGCUCAGUGUUUGCUUGACUCCCGAUGGCCACUGGGUCAUGAGUGGCUCCAAGGAUAGGGGCGUUCAAUUCUGGGAUCCGAUCACAGGUAACGCACAGAUGAUGCUUCAAGGCCAUAAAAACUCGGUCAUCUCGGUCGCUCCUAGUCCGACCAACAAUCUGUUCGCCACCGGCAGUGGUGAUAUGCGAGCAAGAAUCUGGAGGUAA